UGGGAGACAGUCAGCAUGGUGGCCUGAUUUGACCCCUCCUCUCCUCUCUGCAGGUUUCGUCCUCAUCAUGUCGUUCAGCGGAGAAAUGGCUGAAGGAAAAACGGAUCUGACGAAUGGUAGUUUGUCCAGCAGCCCCGAGGACAUGUCCGGAGCAGAUGAAGGCCGGGAGAACUCCUCUGGGAUUGAGGUGGAGGCGUCAGACAUGAGCCUGAGCCUCACCGGUGACGAGACCGGCACCAACCGCGCCGAGAGCGGAGACAGCUCCGAGAGUUCUGGAGAGGACAGCAUGGACGACACCGGCCACUACUCCAUUAACGACGAGAACCGGGGCAUCAACCGAACCCACUCCGAGGACGAUGAAGAGGAGGACGUAGAAGAGGAGGAGGACCUGGUUAUCAACCGAACCCACGAUCUAGACGAAGAAGAGGACGACGAAGAAGACGAGGCGACCCGGCUGCGGCUGAGAGCCCAGCGCAAGCGGGCCAACCAUGAGCAGGACUCCUCUGACGACGAGGAAGCCUUAGAAGACUGGGUGCUGUCCGAGAAAACUCCCCUCCCCCGACCGCGAUGGAAGGCGAUACGCGCCCUGAGGCAGCGGGAACUAGGGAGUAGCAGACGCUUCAUCUACGACGCCUGCGGAGCCCGAGGCUUCGUACAGAGGUUCAGACUACUGCACGGCCUGGAGGGUCACCUGGGGUGCGUCAACACCCUGCACUUCAACCAGCGGGGGACGUGGCUGGCCAGCGGGAGCGACGACCUCAAGGUGGUGGUGUGGGACUGGGUGAAGAGGAAGCCUGUGCUGGAGUUCGAGAGUGGUCACAAGAGCAACGUGUUUCAGGCAAAAUUCCUUCCCAACAGCGGAGACUCCACACUGGCGAUGUGCGCGCGCGAUGGGCAGGUCCGCGUCGCUGAACUCUCAGCCAUUCAGUGCUGCAAAAACACAAAACGGGUGGCACAGCACAAAGGGGCCUCACAUAAGCUCGCCCUUGAACCAGACUCUCCAUGCACUUUCCUGUCGGCCGGCGAGGACGCCGUGGUCUUCACCAUUGACCUGCGGCAGGAUCGGCCGGCCUCGCGACUCGUAGUCACCAAGGAGAAGGAGAAGAAGGUCAGCCUGUACACCAUCUACGUCAAUCCCGCCAACACUUACCAGUUCGCUGUCGGAGGUCGAGACCAGUUUGUUCGGAUCUACGACCAGCGGAAAAUCAACGAGAACGAGAACAAUGGCGUCCUGAAGAAGUUCUGUCCUCAUCACCUGGUAACAAGUGAUGCAAAAGCAAAUAUCACCUGCCUGGUGUACAGCCAUGAUGGGACAGAGCUCCUUGCCAGCUAUAACGAUGAAGACAUCUACCUGUUCAACUCCUCUCACAGUGACGGGGCGCAGUACAUAAAGAGGUACAAGGGCCACCGGAAUAACGCCACAGUGAAAGGAGUCAACUUCUACGGGCCAAAGAGCGAGUUUGUGGUGAGCGGCAGCGACUGCGGGCACAUCUUCCUGUGGGAGAAGUCUUCCUGUCAGAUUGUGCAGUUCAUGGACGGUGACAAGGGCGGAGUGGUGAAUUGCUUGGAGCCUCACCCCCACCUGCCCGUCCUGGCAACCAGCGGCCUAGACUACGACGUGAAGAUCUGGCUCCCCACGUCCAAGGAUCCGACUGAGCUAGACGGCCUGAAAGAGGUCAUUAAGAAGAAUAAGCGGGAGAGGGAUGAGGACAGUCUACAUCACGCAGACUUGUUUGAUAACCACAUGCUCUGGUUUCUCAUGCACCAUCUUCGGCAAAGGGGGCAUCGCAGGAGGAGAAGAGAUCCUGGCCUGAACACAGCCGAAGCCGAGUCCGACGACUCCCCCAGCAGCUCCGACAGUUCUGACGAUGAUGAAGAGGGUCCCGAUCGAGUCCAGUGCAUCCCAUCAUGAGCCUCCUCGUUCGCGUUCUACUUUUUUGACGUGGAACUUCCUCUUCCUCCGCCGAGGGCAGGGAGUACUUUACUAACGGACAUUUUUCAGCUUUUUUCAAAGUUCUAGGACUAUAGUGUAAGAAGCCACGCUGUUCCUCUUGCGCCCCAGGAUUUUUUUAUUUUAUUUUUUGUUUUCCCUUUUUUUGGAACGGGGCGGACUUUUUUGCUUUUUGCAUAACUGCACUUUGGAGAUGUGUCAGCUUUAGAGCGAGAAGGGCGAAGGGGGGAUCCACACCACAGGACCGGCGUCUAUCGCCACUAUCCGAACUCCUUCUAGAUUGUUUGAUUACCAGCAGUUUGAGAGUCUAUGGCGCCCCCCCGGAGGAAAUCGGGACUGUCGGAAUUAAAAAAAUAAAUAAAAAUAAUAAAAAAAUAAAAAUGAAAAACUUAGCGACAGGAGGGAGAGUAAGCAUUAUUUUUGUAUUUUUCUGUUUCUACAAAAAAAAACGGCCACUUGUAGCCAGGUUGUACUCGCCACCCCAAGGUUUCUCGAAGGUUCCUCUUCAUUGUGUGUUUUUGAAUUUUUUUUUUUUUUUUUUUGAUCCUGUUAUAUUAAGUCAGGUCGUGUGUGGGUUAAAAAAAAAAAAAUUUGCAUGGGGGGGGAAAUUCAUAGUUUUUUUGGGGGGGGUCUUUUUGCUUUUUUUUUGUUUGAUUCCAUCCUUUUGUAGCAUAUGCCCCUCGAGAGCACCAACGAAGUUCUAGUGAAGUCAUCGGCUGACUAUUGUUUCGCUCCACCGGGGGGGGGGGGGCGGCUUAGAUUGUAUUCUGGCUUAUUUUGUAAAAAUCUACAAUGGUAACGUUUGGCUGGUGGGCGCCAUGUUGAAAAUUCAGGUAGUUCGUUCACGAUCAGAAACCUUUCUUUAGUUUGGCGCAGAGCUUUCUCGUCUCGAUGCAUCUAGCGGGCGGUUCCUCAUCAGAUCCUUUACUCCCUCGAGUCGAUGGUGGGGUUUUUUUUUUUUUUGUUUUUUUUUUUUCCUACCUGGCGGAAUACUGUGUAUAUAAUGCGAUUGUUUGCACUUUUCAGGUUUUUUUUUUGUUUUAUUUUUCUCUACAAUUUUCAUUAAACCUCUAUAAAAAAAAAUAUAUAUAUAAAAUGUAAAAAAAAACCUCCUUUCUCCAACGACAAUUUAAUGUUCUGGCUGAACCAAACUUGAGGAUUGUGAAGCAGUAAAUGGCUUUGCUUUAUCACUGUUUUAUGACUCUAUCCAGCUGGAUGUUUAUGAAGUUGCGAAUUAAGUUUAAAGAAAUGAAUAUUAUAUAUUAUAUAGAAAUAAAUGCAAUAAGAGACGUUCAUUCA